UCCAAUCAAACUGUUUCUUGCGCGGCUAUUUCGGCAAUAGAGAUUCUCACCCUCAUUCUGAUUGGUCAAUUAUAACGAGGCUUAAUCAAGAUGGCGGCGCCCAUGAGACUAAGUGUGCGUGUACAGAAUGUGCUCAGAAAUCUGACCAAAACUGGUUCACCCCGUUGGCAUACGACUGCAAGAUGGUUAUCAAGUGAUUCUACAGACGUAACGGAUAGUUCUUCACCGGAUUUAACGGAAACCAUGGACAAAGGCAGCGUGCCAGAGGCAGAAAAACCCAGCACCAAACUAACCGGUUUUGCUCAGGCAUUUGAGAAGCAUUCAAAAGUGCAUCAAACUGAUCUUCACGAAAUAGAUGCAACACAAGAGAUACCAACAACUACAAGCAGUUUUGCAACGCUACUCCGAAAUUCAACACACGUCCAUAUUGGGAGCGGAAAGGGUCAAAUUGUAUUAGGGAAGAUAUUUCACACGGUUGAGGAUGAUCUGUACAUUGAUUUUGGAGGGAAAUUUCACUGUGUUUGCAGAAGGCCAGAGGAAGAUGCCGAGAAAUUUCACCGAGGCGUGAAGGUGCGUCUCCGUUUGAGGGACGUCGAGCUGACAGACCACUUCAUCGGAGCAGCAAGAGACCUCAGUCUCCUUGAAGCGGAUGCAGAUUUAUUAGGACUCGCUAAAUCAUAGACUCAAACUUUGACUCAAGUACCAAGCAGUAUGUUUCAAUAGCCCUUUUCACACUACUCUAUUCAUCACAGGGGUUUCCCCCGGGAAUAACGACCCGGAGUAACUGUGGGGGAACAAAUAGAAAUGGUGCCUAUGCAAGUAUUUCAGGUUGCAGUACCUCUUGACAUUAGACUAUUUUAAAGUAUAAAGUGUGCACUAUAGACAUUUCAGUCUGUAACAUACCAGAGGGGGUAAGAGAGCCCCACUCAGAAAUCGAAAAAAUGCACAAUGGUUCAAUACAGAUAAUUAAUAGCCCAAAAAAUGAUAUGAUUUUGACCCUCGGGCCAGGCGUGUGAUUUCUUAUAGAUUUUCUUAUUUAAGGAUUUUUUUUUAUCAUACUCUCCUUUUCGACGUAAAAUUUUAUUGUAAGAAAUAAAGCAUUAGCCGAAGGGAGAAAUAAACAGCUCUCAUCAUGUGCAAACCUAAA